AUGGUCCUUCUAGGGAAUGUUGGGAUGAUGGCCGUUAUAAUGACUGAUCCCCGGCUGAACACACCAAUGUAUUUCUUCCUAAGCAACCUCUCCGUUGAUCUCUUCUAUUCGUCUGUUAUUGCACCCAAGGCUCUGAUCAACUUCUGGUCUGAGAGCAAGUCCAUCUCCUUUGCAGGUUGUGUGACUCAGUUCUUUCUCUUUGCCCUCUUCAUUGUGACUGAGGGAUUUCUCCUGGCAGCCAUGGCUUAUGACCGCUUCAUUGCCAUCUGCAACCCACUCCUCUACUCUGUCCAGAUGUCAACAGGUCUCUGCUCUCAGUUGGUGGCUGGUUCCUAUUUCUGCGGCUGCAUCAGCUCAGUUCUUCAGACCAGAAUGACAUUUACUUUAUCCUUUUGUGCUUCUCGGACCAUUGACCACUUUUACUGUGAUACUGGCCCACUUCAGAGACUGUCUUGUUCUGACCUUUUUAUCAAUAAAAUGGUUUCUUUUUCCUUCUCUGACAUCAUAAUCUUACCUGCCAUUGUAGCUAUUAUUGUUUCUUACUUGUAUAUUGUGUCCACAGUUCCAAAGACACGCUCCACUGAGGGAUGUAAGAAAGCCUUCUCCACGUGCAGCUCUCACCUAGGAAUUGUGAGUGUGCUGUAUGGUGCUGUCUUUUUUAUGUAUCUCACACCUGACAGAUUUCCUGAGCUGAGUAAAGUGGCCUCCUUAUGUUACACCUUAGCCCUCCCACGUUGA